UCCUCCUGACCAAUCUGCGCACGGAGGAUGCACGUGGUGGACGCAUGCGUCUGUGCUUGCUCGGGUGAUGGGGGCCUUCCGUGUUUGGCGUUGGGUGUCUGGCACCUGGCGACCCGGGCUGGGGGCUGGCGCACGGUCGAGAGUUGCAGGCUUCGGCACCGAGGCCCGGCGCCGGCCUCAACCUCGAGGUUGCAGCAAGAGCAAGGACCCAGUGGAGGACCAGCCCUUCCCUGGGCUUCUGCGGACAGAGAACCUUGGCCCAGAGGAGCUGGCUGACGUGCUGAGGGCAGCUGUGGUGGAUCAGAAAGGGCCUCUGGUGACACUGAACAAGCCACAGGGGCUGCCUGUGACAGGGAGACCUGGGGAGCUGACCUUGCUUUCAGUGCUGCCACAGCUGAGCCAGGCCCUGGGGCUCAGACACCGGGAGCUGCAGGUUGUACGAGCACCUGGAAGGGAGGCCUCUGGACUUGUGCUCUUCUCCAGCUGCCCCCAGACCGCAAGCCGCCUGCAGAAAUUCUUCAUUCACUCAAGGAGAACACAGAGGCCCACAGCCACCUACUGUGCCAUCACUAAUGGCAUCCCUGAGCCUUCUGAGGGGACUAUCCACGUGGCUCUGAAGCUGGAACACAUGGACGGCAUUGAUCUUGCAGUCCCAGUGACAUCCCCAUCUCGAAAGGAUAUCCUAGAAGGUGUCAAGAGGACCCUCAGCCAUUUUCAUGUGAUGGCCACAGGCUGUGGCUGUGCUCUGGUCCAGCUGCAGCCACUGACAGUAUUCCCCAGUCAGCUGCAGGUGCACAUGGCUCUCCAGCUCUGCCCAGUGCUUGGGGACCACACCUAUGCUUCUCGAGUGGGCACCGUUCUGGGCCAGCGCUUUCUGUGGCCAGCUGAGACCACCAAGCCCCAAAGACAGGUCCUGGACGAAGCCCUCCUCAGACGCCUCCGCCUGAGUCCUUCCCAGGUGGCCCAGAUGCCCCUACACCUGCACCUGCACCGCCUCCUCCUCCCAGGCACCAGACCCAGGGACCCCCCCAGUGAACUUCUGGCACCGCUGCCCUCCUACUUCUCAAGGACUCUGCAGUGCCUGCGGCUCUCCCACCACUAGACAGUGCUUGACCCCCAAUUGGAACAUGGAAAGAGGAAGGCUGUGACCCAGCUCAAGGACAGUGGACUUGGUGCUGAGCAGUCAAGGUCCUUGGCUCCUUAGUCCUACAAACCUAAGAUAAAUCCCGGCUAGGCCGAUUGCUUGCUGUGUGGCGUGGACAGGUGGCCGCUCUCUGGAUUUAAAAUAAUAAAAGUCCUACCUCACAAGUCUG